AUGGGGUCCAUUUUCACCCUUUUGCAUGUUGUAAUGACUAUUGUUAAUUUUUCAAGAGCUAAUGGAACAGCUUGUACCUUAAGAAGACCCACUGCAAACCCACAACUUUUGAAGGAUGGUGAUAUCAUAAUUGGAGGCAUUCUCCCAUUACACAGCAAAUGGGAGAUCACAGAUUUAUCCUAUUUGGUCAUGCCACCUCCACUGAAGUGCAUGAGUCUUGAUUUCACAGCUUUGCAGUCUGCACAGUCCUUGAUCUUUGCAAUAGAGGAAAUCAACAACAAUACAUCUUUACUGCCUGGAGUGUCAUUGGGGUACAAGAUCUAUGACACAUGUAGUUCUGAAGCAAUGGGCAUUAGAAUGGCCAUGGCACUUAUGAAUGGAAAUGUAACAGCCUCAGAUGAGCCCUGCACAAAGCCAGCCCAGGUGCAAGCCAUAAUAGGAGAAGCCUUCUCAUCAGUGUCUAUGGCUAUAGCAAAAAUUAUAGGACCUUUCAGCAUUCCCUUAAUCAGUCACUAUGCCACCUGUGAGUGUCUUAGUGACAAAAGGAAAUAUCCCUCAUUUCUGCGCACUAUUCCCAGUGAUUACUAUCAGAGCAAAGCACUUGCAGAGAUGGUCAAGCACUUUGGCUGGACAUGGGUGGGAGCAAUACGAAGAGAUGAUGACUAUGGUAACAGCGGGAUGGCUGCAUUUACUGAAUCGGCACAACAGUUGGGUGUAUGCAUAGAAUAUUCUCUUCCAUUUUUUAGAACAUACUCACAAGAAAAAGUGAUAAGAAUUGCUGAGCAAAUUAAAAGAUCCACUUCAAGAGUGAUAGUGGGAUUCCUUGACACCUGGGAUCUGGAAAUUUUGCUGCAUGUAUUUUUUGAACACAAUAUUACUGGAUACCAGUGGGUGGGAACAGAGGCCUGGAUCUUUGAUUCAGAACUCGUCACAUUAGAUAAGUAUAACAUGCUGCAAGGAGCUAUUGGGCUAGCCAUCCCCAAAACAACAGUAGCAGGUCUAAAGGACUUCAUUCUAGAUAUAAAGUCACUGAAAUCUUCAGGCAAUGCCAUUUUUAUUCAGUUAUGGGAAACUCUUUUUAAGUGUAAAUAUACAGUUCAAAAUGAUUCAGAUGACGUACCAGUGUGCACAGGAGAAGAGAAAUUAUCUGAGGUGGAAAACAUUUUCACUGACAUGUCCCUGAUGCCUAUUUUCAGCAAUGUAUAUAAAGGAGUUUAUGCCAUUGCACAUACAUUACAUAAUCUUCUUGGCUGCAAACAAACCUGUCCUACAAAGCAGCAGCCUAAUCCUCUCACAUUUUUAGAACACCUCAAAAGGGUUCGAUUCAAAACCAAAGAAGGUGAAGAAGUUUAUUUUGAUGAAAAUGGUAACACAGUUGCAAAAUAUGAGAUUAUAAACUGGCAAGCAAAUACAGAAUCGAAAACUGAAUUCAUCACCGUCGGACUUUAUGACUCCUCUUCCCCUGAUCAGGACAAUCUAAUAAUAAACAUGGCCAAUAUUGUGUGGGCAAAUAAUGCCACACAGGUGCCAGUAUCUGUAUGCAGUGAGAGUUGUCCUCCUGGCACAAGGAAGGCUGUACAGAAAGGAAAGCCUGUCUGCUGCUUUGACUGCAUACAGUGUGCUGAUGGACAGAUCAGUAACAUGACCGAUGCUAUUACAUGUGAAAACUGCUAUCAAGACUACUGGCCAAAUGUACACAGGGACAAAUGUGUACAAAAGGAAAUUGAAUAUCUAUCGUAUGGAGAUACUAUGGGAAUUUUGCUAACAGCUGUUUCUAUUAUUGGUGCAUUUAUAACAAUGGUAAUAACUAUAAUUUUCUUUAGAUAUAAAAAUACCCCAAUAGUCAAAGCCAACAACUCUGAACUGAGCUUCCUGCUGCUCUUCUCUCUGACUCUGUGUUUCCUUUGUUCACUUACUUUUAUUGGUCAGCCCUCUGAGUGGUCCUGUAUGCUGCGCCACACAGCGUUUGGGAUCACCUUCGUCCUUGGCAUCUCCUGUGUUCUGGGGAAAACAGUAGUGGUGUUAAUGGCUUUCAGGGCUACACUGCCAGGGACUAAUGUCAUGAAAUGGUUUGGGCCGCCACAACAAAGGCUCAGUGUUCUUGUCUUUACUGUCAUACAGGUCCUUAUUUGUGUCCUUUGGUUAACAACAUCUCCUCCUAUCCCCUUCAAAAAUCUAAAGCUCUACAAGGAAAAGGUAAUUCUGGAAUGUCAUUUGGGUUCAAACAUAGGUUUCUGGGCUGUGCUGGGUUAUAUUGGAAUUUUAGCAUUUUUAUGUUUUGUUUUGGCUUUCCUGGCUAGAAAAUUGCCUGAUAACUUUAACGAAGCAAAAUUCAUCACAUUCAGCAUGCUCAUAUUCUGUGCAGUGUGGAUCACUUUUAUUCCAGCUUAUGUCAGUUCACCUGGAAAGUUCACUGUAGCUGUGGAGAUAUUUGCCAUUUUAGCAUCAAGCUUUGGUUUGCUAUCUUGCAUCUUUUUUCCAAAGUGUUACAUAAUCAUAUUGAAGCCAGAGAAGAACACUAAAAAGGAAAUUAUGGUAAAAGUCCCAGGUAAGUAACUCAAAAGUAUCUGGAGACAUUGGCCCUUUUGACCAUUUUGCUCUUCUGUUUCGGUUUUUCCCUAUACUAAGGUACCCUUUAUAGAUGUUUUCCAGCAUAAAUUGAUUAUUCGGUAUUUUUUCCACUUAGCUUGUCACAACAUAUUAUUCUUAUUAAAAGAACACUAUUGAUGUGACUGGUGGUUAGUAUUUUAAAACAACAUUGUUGCCUUAUCCAUUAUAAAAACAUAUUUUUUUGUGUUUCUGAUGUGAAAUAAAUAAAUAAAUAAAUAAAUACAAUGUGUAAGCUGACCAGGAUGUGUCAAAUGUAUGCUAUUUUAAGCAAAAAAUUCUAAAUACUUUUUAAAUUCCACCCUUUUCUGACAGCCCAGACAAGCAAUGCUUCAUUGCUAAUUUAUUUUUAAAUUAAACAGUUUUGUUGUUUUAUUGUUUAAUAUGUAGACAAACCUUUGAAUAAUUGGACAGUUGAUUAAUUGAUCACUACAUUAUGUUUGCUGGCAUCUCUUUUAGAAAUGAAGAAAUUGGACAUAAAUUCAGAAUGGAACUGUGAUAAAUUUUUAUGAUCAAGCUACCAAUAAAAGUUUACCAAUAAUAAUAAUAAUACAUACACCUUCAGCUGGGGCCCAUGAUUUUUAAAACAUUUGUUUGUUUGUUUAUUUUUGUGUUUACCAUGGAGCAGGUAUAGUCAGGUAUAGGUAUAUAGUCAGCUUUACAUUCAAAUACUGGGCUCCAGGACCAAACUCCUCCAUCAGGAGUCGUCUUUCCCUGUUCCAGAGUUCCAACAGGAGAUAGCCCUCAGGUGGGUGUGGGGACACUCACCAGUCCCAAGCUCCACAUGGACAAGAGGGAUGCCUCUAUAAAAUUGAGUCUCAUAGAAUAAAACUGUUGCAUAUGCACCAAAUAGCCAUAUGGACGAUCCAGCCUUCUUGGAGUGGGUGGAAGAAAUGGACUCCUGGGUCUGAACCUGAUUAGUGAAAUAUUAUUGGACUUAUGUGCAAAACACAGACUGUCAGUAACAAACACUUGU